UAUGCUGGUUUGUUGCAUGGUGUUCUCUUUCUUGUCUUAGGAGAUGUUUAUUAUGGCAAUCCGAGUUGAUGUUACAUAUCUUCUCACUAAUUUGAUAUUGCUACUAGCAAAACUUUCUGCCAUGGGAUAGCUUUAUGUACUGAAGAUAUGGGGUAUCAGUAUACGGUUACUUUACCUUCUAUUUGCAUUGCAUUUUAGAAAUUAAUAAUAUUUGCUUCUGCAAUGUGCAUGUUUUGUCUUUUCUGUUCACGCUCAGUUUGUGAGAAAGUGGAAAGCAAGGGGAGAACUACUUACAAUGAGGUUGCAGAUGAACUUGUAGCUGAGUUUGCAGAUCCCAAUGGUAAAUUGGCAUCCCCAGACCAGCAACAGUACGAUGAGAAGAACAUACGUCGGAGGGUGUAUGAUGCCCUCAAUGUUCUCAUGGCUAUGGAUAUUAUCUCGAAAGAUAAGAAAGAAAUACAGUGGAAGGGGUUACCUCGAACUAGUCUAAAUGAUAUUGAAGAAUUAAAGGCAGAACGCAUGGCACUGAAAAACAGGAUUGAGAAGAAAACUGCAUAUUUGCAAGAAUUACAAGACCAAUUCAUAGGACUGCAAAACUUGGUACAGCGAAAUGAACAUUUAUAUGGAUCAGGAAAUAUUCCUUCUGGUGGUGUCGCUUUACCUUUCAUCUUAGUUCAGACUCGCCCACAUGCUACUGUGGAAGUUGAAAUUUCAGAAGAUAUGCAGCUGGUGCAUUUCGACUUCAACAGCACUCCAUUCGAGUUGCACGAUGACUCUUAUGUGCUCAAAGCCAUGAGGUUCUGCGAAAGGGGCCAAAAGGAGGGCUCCUGUGAGCCGAGUUCCAACGGAGGCGAAUGCUCCAGCACACCAAAUACACAUCAGCAUCACAUGCCGCAACCCACAGGGCCGGAUACAAUGGCCAAGCCGCCGAUUAAUUCUCCUCCUAUUCCUGGAAUACUCAAAGGGCGGGUGAAGCAUGAACAUUAGCCUCUGAUUCUUAGGUUUUUUUUCUUUUUUCCCUUUUUGGUUGUUUGUUCUGGUCUUUCUCUAACCUCUCCUUUGUUAUUUUACUGUAAAGAGCAUGUAAUUAGUUGAUUAGUUGGGGAAAACAAGCUGAGGGGCUUGAACUCUUCUAGCUUUGUAGCUAGUCUGAAGAAUAUAGGGCACAUUUUGACCUAUCAUGCCCCCUGAAAGUAAUUUCAAGUGUGUUAAUCCGGUGAUUCGCCGGUCUGGGAAAUUGAUAUUGCUGUAAUUUAAUUGUGUAUUAUUUUUUUUCUUCAUGAUAUAUAAGUUGCAGUUAAGAGUUUCAAUUAAA